GAAUCUCGCGUCUGGCAUUGGCCUUGUUCUGCCCCCUCCAAACGCCCCUUGCGUCACCGACAUAAGCCCAACCGCAGCCGCUUGUCUCGACUCGCUGCGUCCGAGCUUCUUCGACAUCUCACCGACCCGACCGAUCCUGAAGCAUGCGGUAAUCAGUUGAGACCCCGCUAGCAUUCGAACAGAGCUGGAUCGCAGACCAUGGAUCCGUACGACGAGCAAAAGGUGCUGCUGCACACGGGCUCGUUCACGGGCUAUCGCCCACUGCAGGAGCUGGGCAGUCAGUAUCUCGCAGCGUCCGCCGCUGCGUGCAGGCGCUUCUGCGGCAACGAGGAGGGCUGGGGCCCGCUGAGUCCGUUCCGCUUCGACUUCACGCCGUGCUUCAUCGAUGUCUGGGUUGCGGCUGUUGCUGCCUACGGCAUCGUCCUCGGCGCCGUGGCCAUCUGGUGGCUGCUGAGGAAGAAGCAGGAGUUCACCACCUCUAAGAACGCGCACUUCUGGAUCAAGCAGACACUGCUGGCUGCCAUCAUCGCCAACGUUGCCGUUCAGUUCGCCUUUCAGAUCAUCAGCUAUGGAAGCAUCUGGUACCGCGACUUCCGCUCAUGGACCUCCGUCAUCCUCAUCCUGUCCCUGCUGGUCAUCUUCACGAUCCAAUGGCUGGAGCACUCGCGCCUGAGACACGCCAAUGGAGUCGUGCUGUUCUACUGGCUACUGCUCCUCAUCGCCUUCGCCGUGAAGCAGCGCUCGCUAAUUUCCCAGCAGCUCUAUGCCAAGAACCUCCCGUACUUUAUCACCUACACCGUCGGAGUCGGCCUCAGUGUUGUUGAGUUCCUGGUCGAGUGGCUCUGGCCUCGCCCAAACCCCAGCGGCUAUGACGCGAUUCUGGAAGAGGAGGAGUGUCCUGAGGAUUACGCCACCGUCUUCUCCAGGCUCACCUUCUCCUGGAUGACGCCCCUCAUGCGACGCGGCUACAAGGUCUUCUUGACCGAGAACGACCUCUGGGGCCUGGGACGGGCUGACCAGACCAAGAACACGGGCGAGGCUCUUGAGGAGUCAUGGAAGCACGAGCUUAAGCGGCGCCCCACCUCGCCGUCGCUCUGGCUGGCCUUGUUCCGCGCCUACGGUGGCCCCUACAUCGUUGCCGCCGUUUUCAAGAUUGGAAACGACGUUGCGCAAUACAUCCAGCCUCAGCUCCUCCGCCUCCUCAUUACGUUCGUUAACUCGUACAACACUGGUGAGACGCCCCAGCCGAUUAUCAAGGGCGCUUCCAUUGCGCUCGCCAUGUUUGCCUGCGCCGUCUUCCAGACCACCAUGGUCCACCAAUACUUUCAACUGGCGUUCGUGACUGGAAUGCGCAUCAAGGGUGGCUUGGCCUCGACCAUCUACCGAAAGUCGCUGCGACUGUCCAACGAGGGACGGUCAUCCAAGUCUACCGGUGACAUUGUCAACUACAUGGCCGUCGACGCCCAGCGUCUGCAAGAUCUCACUCAAUUUGCUCAGCAGGCCUGGUCGGCGCCGUUCCAGAUCACGAUCUGCAUGAUUUCCCUCUACAACCUCGUCGGCUGGUCCAUGAUGGCUGGUAUCGUCGUCAUGAUCAUCAUGAUGCCUGUGCAAGGCUUCGUCGCUCGUAUGAUGAGAAACCUGCAAAAGGACCAAAUGAAGAACAAGGACGCCAGAAGCCGACUGAUUAACGAAAUUAUCAACAACAUGAAGAGCAUCAAGCUUUAUGCCUGGGGAUCAGCCUUCAUGGCCAAGCUCAACUAUGUCCGAAACGAGCAAGAGCUGAAGAACUUGCGAAGAAUCGGCGCGACUCAGGCGGUGGCCAACUUUACCUGGAACACUGCGCCCUUCUUCGUCUCAUGCUCUACCUUUACCGUAUUUGUUCUCACCCAGGACCGCCCUCUCACCACGGACAUCAUCUUCCCUGCUCUGGCCCUCUUCAACCUCUUGACCUUCCCUCUGGCCGUUCUCCCCAUGGUCAUCACCUCCAUUGUUGAGGCCUCGGUUGCCGUCGGUCGUUUGACCGCGUUCCUUACCGCUGAGGAGCUGCAGCCGGAUGCCGUUGCAAUUGGACCUGCUCCUCAGGAAAUGGGCGAGGAAACCGUCCUCAUCCGAGAUGGCACCUUCUCCUGGAACCGACACGAGGAUAAGAACGCACUGACGGACAUCAACUUCACUGCUUACAAGGGAGAACUGUCCUGCGUUGUCGGACGAGUUGGCGCUGGCAAGUCGUCUUUCCUGCAGAGUAUUCUGGGUAGCCUCUACAAGGUAAGCGGCUCGGUCGAGGUUCGCGGCAGUGUUGCAUAUGCGUCUCAGCAAUGCUGGAUUCUCAACGCCACCGUCAAAGAGAACAUUGUCUUUGGAUACAAGUGGGAUGCCGACUUCUACGAAAAGACAGUCAAGGCCUGCGCCCUCAUCGAUGACUUUGCGCAGCUUCCUGAUGGCGACGAAACCGUUGUGGGUGAGCGUGGUAUUUCUCUCAGCGGUGGCCAAAAGGCUCGUGUUUCGUUGGCUCGCGCCGUCUACGCUAGAGCUGACAUCUAUCUUCUUGAUGAUGUUUUGUCUGCCGUGGAUUCCCACGUUGGUCGACACAUUAUCGAAAACGUCCUGGGCCCCCGUGGAUUGCUCUCUUCUAAGACUCGUAUCCUCGCCACCAACGCUAUUACUGUCCUGAGACAAGCCAGCUACAUCACCCUGCUCAAGGAUGGAGAGAUUGUCGAGAGAGGAACGUAUGAGCAACUGGUCGCUAGAAAGGGACUUGUUGCCGAUCUCUUGAGAACCGCGGGACACGAUUCGACAAGCGCUUCUGGCAGCUCUACCGGAGAGUCUAGUGAAACCUCUACUGUCAUCGAACCUCUCACCACUCAAGACAAGGAAGAACUGGAGGAGGCUCAGGAGCAUGUCCCAGAAAUGGCACCCAUCAAGACCGGAUCCUCCAUGCUCGACAAGCCCAGAUCAAGCAGCAUGGCGACUUUGCGACGUGCUAGCACCGCCAGUUUCAAGGGUCCUCGUGGUAAGCUUACGGACGAAGAAGUUGCAUCAUCCUCCAAGACGAAGCAGGCCAAGGAGCAUGUCGAGCAAGGCAAGGUCAAGUGGGCAGUGUACUUUGAGUAUGCCAAGGAGAACAACCUCUUUGCCGUUGGCGUGUACAUGAUUGCUUUGCUCGCUGCGCAGACGGCCAACAUUGGUGGCUCCGUCUGGCUGAAGGAAUGGGCCGAGAUGAACCAGAAGGCGGGCGCCAACGACCACAUUGGAAAGUACAUUGGCAUCUACUUCGCCUUUGGUAUCGGCUCCUCUCUCCUGACCGUCCUCCAAACCCUCAUCCUGUGGAUCUUCUGCUCCAUCGAGGCCUCGCGGAAGCUUCACGAGCGAAUGGCCAAUGCCAUUUUCAGAUCCCCCAUGUCCUUUUUCGACACCACACCGGCUGGUCGUAUCCUCAACCGAUUCUCCAGCGACAUUUACCGCGUCGAUGAGGUGCUGGCCCGGACAUUCAAUAUGCUUUUUGUCAACGUUGCCAAGUCGGGCUUUACCCUCGGCAUCAUCUCCGUGUCUACACCCGCUUUCACCGCUCUCAUCAUCCCCAUUGCUCUGGCGUACUACUGGAUCCAGCGCUACUACCUCCGCACAUCUCGUGAGCUGAAGCGUCUGGACAGUGUCACCCGCUCUCCCAUCUAUGCUCACUUCCAGGAAUCGCUCGGCGGUGUCGCCACGAUCCGCGCCUAUCGUCAACAGCAGAGAUUCCAGCUGGAGAACGAGUGGAGGAUCGAUGCCAACCUUCGCGCUUACUUCCCGUCCAUUAGCGCAAACCGCUGGCUUGCCGUUCGACUCGAGUUUAUUGGUGCCAUUGUCAUUCUGGCAGCUGCUGGAUUUGCCAUUAUCUCUGUUGCCAACCACAGCGGUCUCAGCCCUGGUUUUGUUGGUCUGGCCAUGUCGUAUGCUCUUCAGAUUACGACUUCCCUUAACUGGAUCGUCCGUCAAACGGUCGAGGUCGAGACCAACAUUGUCUCUGUCGAGCGAGUGCUUGAAUACGCGCGACUGCCCAGCGAGGCACCUGAUAUCAUUCCCAGCAAGCGGCCUCCUGUCAACUGGCCUAGCAAGGGCGAGGUGGACUUUAAGAAUUACAGCACGCGUUAUCGUGAGGGCUUGGAUUUGGUGUUGAAGAAUAUCAACCUCGAUAUUAAGUCACACGAGAAGAUUGGCGUCGUCGGCCGAACUGGUGCUGGCAAGUCAUCGCUGACACUGGCUCUUUUCCGACUGAUUGAGCCCGUGACCGGCCAUAUCGACAUUGAUGGCCUCAACACCUCCACUAUUGGCUUGCUUGAUCUCCGGCGACGGCUUGCCAUUAUUCCGCAAGACGCAGCUCUUUUCGAGGGUACUGUUCGAGACAAUCUCGACCCGGGCCAUGUACACGACGAUAGCGAACUCUGGAGCGUACUAGACCAUGCUCGUCUGAAGGAUUACGUAUCCAGCUUAGAAGGAGGCCUCGAAGCCAAGAUCCACGAAGGAGGCUCCAACCUCUCACAAGGCCAACGCCAGCUCGUCUCUCUCGCCCGCGCCAUGCUCACCCCCUCCAACAUUCUCGUCCUGGACGAAGCCACAGCCGCCGUCGAUGUUGAGACAGACGCCAUGCUCCAGGCCACGCUGCGAUCCCCGCUCUUCUCCAACCGCACCAUCAUCACCGUUGCGCACAGACUCAACACCAUCCUGGACAGUGACCGUGUUGUCGUGCUGGACAAGGGUGAGGUGGUGGAGUUUGACACGCCGAGCGAGCUGUACAAGAAGCAGGGUACCUUUUACAACUUGAUGAAGCAGGCGGGUCUCGACAUUGAGACGCGAGACUUGUUGGACUAACUGCUCUUUCUGGGUUAUCACAUGGCUUUUUAGUACAGUUGCUCUUUCUCUCUUACGGGUGUUUUGUCUUUCUAUGGUUCCAUCAUUGCUAUUAAAUUGCUUGUCUAGAGCUUGGGAGCAGAGAGAAGUGAGUAUGGGGAAGGAUGGAUGGUAAUUAGGGCGUCACGUUGUCAGUCAUUGUAUGUAAAAAACCUGGCAGAAGAAGGACGACAGAGUGAGUUGAACAAGAGAGAAAGAGAGAGAGAAGAAGCAAGUUUGGGUAUGCUGCAUAUAUCGAGGGUUGUGUAUAUGUAGUCUUAUGGAAAAUUGAA